AUGUCCUCUCGACCCACCCCCUCUCCUCCUCACUCCACCACCACAUCAUCUCCUUCUCUGGCUAAGCCCCCGGCUUUCUCGAGCCGCGAGGACUGCUGGUCCAAGGAAGCAAGCCGGACGCUAAUUCAUGCCUGUGUGAAGCACUGGCAGCAGGUCGCUCGCGCCGUCAACGCCUCCUCCCUUAACCUCCGCCGCUCCGACGUCCAGUGCAAGAACCGGAUCGACACCACGAAGAAGAAUACAAGAUCGAGAAGUCUAAGGUCGUCCAAUCCCGAGGCCGCUACGUCUCCUCUUGGCCCCACUUUGAAAGCCUCGACUCCCUCAUCGGCGGCUCCUUCUCCGGUAGCACCAAUCUCAACGCUCACACCAGAAUCCUUCGCCGGCGAGUUUUACCGUCUCCGGAACCUCGCCUCCACCACUUCAUAA